AUGGAAAAGGAGUUGGAGUACUUAGGCCACUUCAUUUCAGGAGUUGGUGUCAAAGUUGAUCAUAGGAAGAUAGAGGCCAUGGUAGAUUGGACCCUACCCAAGGACAUCUCGGCCUUGAGGAGAUUCUUGGGGCUCACGAGUUAUUAUGGAUGGUUUGUCAAAGGCUAUGGUCUCAUAGCCAAGCCAUUCACAACAAUGCUCAAGAAUGACAGUUUUGAGUGGACAAUUGAGGCUAGGGAGGCCUUUGAAGAAUUGAAGCGAGCCAUGACUAGGACACCUGUGUUUGGGCUGCCCAACUUUGAGAAGCCGUUUGAAGUUUACACAGAUGCAAGCAAUGAGGGCAUCGAGGCUGUAUUGGUGCAAGACUGA